UAGCCCAAUCAUGACAUGCACUCAUGCUUUUCUCCACUCCUCUAAGACCAGGAUCGAAACGUACGCCCCCUCCACCCUCCCCAUUAAAAUAAAAACAAUACAAAAAAAAAAGAAAAGAAGAAAGGUGGUAAAAACACCACUCCCAACAUUCAAAAAAGCGAAAGCAAAAGCACCAUUCACACUCAAAACUCCCUCUCCCUCUCUUUCUCCUUCAAAUUCUCUCACACCAACGAAAUUAAACAUGUCACCACCCCUCAUGAGCAAACUCCUCUUCCUCUUCCUCUUCCUCUUCCUCUUCUCCUUCACGUCCACUCAACUACUAAAACUAGUGCACGGCUCCUCCCCCUCCCCCUCCACCUUCGUCUACGCCGGGUGCUCUCCUUCCAAGUUCCAGCCCAACACUCCCUUCGAAGCCAACCUCGACUCCCUCCUCACCUCCAUCGCCACCACCGCCUCCGAGGUCACCUACAACAGCUUCUCCUCCUCCGCCGCCGCCGCCGACUCCGCCGUCUACGGCCUCUACCAAUGCCGCGGCGAUCUCGCCGGCGACGACUGCGCCGCCUGCGUGCGGAGCGCCGUCGCGCAGCUGAGCCUCGUCUGCUCCUACGCGCUCGCCGCGUCCCUGCAGCUCGACGGCUGCUUCGUGCGGUACGCGAGCACGAAUUUUCUGGGGCAGCAGGACACGAGCUUGGCGUACCGCAAGUGCAGCACGAGCACGAGCAACGACGAGGAGUUCCUGCGGCGGCGGGACGACGUGCUGGCGGACCUGCAGAGCGGGGUGGUGUUCAGGGUCAGCAGCUCCGGGUCGGUGCAGGGCUACGCGCAGUGCGUGGGCGACCUCGGCACGGCCGACUGCUCCGCGUGCCUCGCCCAGGCCGUCGGGCAGCUCAAGAACUCCUGCGGCUCCGCCAUGGCCGCCGACGUCUACUUGGCGCAGUGCUACGCCAGAUACUGGGCCUCCGGUUACUACUUUCAUCCUUCCGGAGAUUCAGAGGAUGACAUUGGAAGAACUGUGGCAAUAAUUGUGGGCAUUCUGGCUGGAUUGGCCCUCAUUGUGGUCUUCAUUUCCUUCCUCAAAAGAGCAUGUUAAUGAGCAGCUGAUAUUUCUCACAAGUGGCUCCAGUUGUGGUCCCAUGUUCUACACAAAUCCUAAAGGCUAAAUCCCCUCUCAGUUUUAUUACCAUGAGAGAUCAAAAUGCAUUCUCCGCGAAGAACGUGCACUUUCUCUUUCUGCAAACAUCUGCAGCAGCUUCGAGAUGUCGCGAUUUCGCUAACACAGAUCCAUAUUUGUAGUACUUUCAUUAACAAUACGAAGUCAUUUUUUGUUCCCUCCUCU